AUGGCUUACUAUCCCUAUACCUCUCUGUCUUUACUUGCAGGCUCUGCGGGUACUAUGUUGGACAACAUUGACCUGCCGAUGAAAUGCCGAGUGUGCAGGGACAAAGCGUCUGGCUUUCACUAUGGUGUGCACGCCUGCGAAGGAUGUAAGGGAUUUUUUCGGCGCACCCACCGGAUGAAAUUGGUGUACAAACCUUGCCCGUAUGUCAAAACAGAACCGUGCAAGAUUAAUGUAUCGACUCGAAAUAAGUGCCAGUACUGUCGAUUCCAGAAAUGCCUUUCAGUGGGAAUGUCACACGGCGCCUCCAGAUUUGGACGCAUGCCACGAGAAGAAAGGCUAAAGAUCCUAGAAGAAAUCAACCAAGAGGCUGACUGUGCUUCCGAAGAAGAAAAAAAACGAACAGUGUUACGAGAGUUCACUGAUAACGUACACCAAUCUUUUAGAGCAGUAUUUCGCAAUGCACACACUAGAAAAGAAGUCAAGGAAAACACACAGGAGCAAGCUGCAUUCAAUUGUCGACCAAUGCGGGAAAUGAUUGAUCAAAUAGAAAUCGGUUCAACGCUUGCCAAGGUCACUAACAACAAUGUGGAACAAGUUGCUAAGUUUGCCAAGUCUGCGUUGCCGCAGUUUCGUGCCUUGGAUUUGGGUGACCAAGUAACACUUUUGAAAUACUCUGCUUUUGAAAUAGUACUAGUAAUAUCCUCUACGCGCUACACGGCUGACGGUCUGUGGUUUCCGGAAGAUGGCGUGUAUAUUAAAAAGGACACAAUUAUGCAUACAAACAUGGAUGUUCAAGAAUUUUAUGAAUCUAAAUUAAAUUUUUUUGAGAAGAUGAGCCGACUGAAUCUAACAGAAAGAGAACUUGCUUUGUUUUGUGCAUUGUUAAUUGUUUCACCAGAUCGAGAGGACCUUGAUGCCAAAGAUUCUGUGGAACAAGUUCAGGAACAAGUCGUAGAGGCUCUGCAACAAGAACUUCGCCAGAACCACCCUGGCAGCCACCAUAUCCUUUUUCCAGGAAUCAUCAGUCGCCUGGUUGCUUUACGCCAGUUAGUUCCCGAACACAUUCAGCAUGUCAAGAAAUACCUCCUUGUGUCGCAUGACGCCAGCAUUCUUUCUGAGCCUAGCCCGCUUAUGCGCGAAGUCUUUGGAUUGUCCACAUGA